GUUUGAAAGAGAAGAGGAAAACAAAUUCAAAUAAGGAGUGGCAGCCGGCACACACGCAGGCAGAAGCACAACCUUACUGAAGCUUUCCUUGGCCGCAUCUCGUAAGAUGGCACUUCGUUUUGAGAUUCUUGGUAAGUUCAAACGUGCCCGUGCCUCUCGAUUGACGCUCCCUCAUUUUGUGUGCCAAACGCCUUUAUUCAUGCCAGUGGGCACACAAGGAACAAUCAAAGGUUUGACAACUAGCCAGCUUGAGGACAUUGGUUGCCAAAUAAUACUUGGAAAUACUUAUCAUUUGGCUUUGAGACCUACUUCUGAGCUUCUUGACCAACUUGGUGGUCUUCACAAAUUUAUGAAUUGGCCACGCGCCAUGCUUACCGACUCUGGUGGCUUUCAAAUGGUUUCACUUUUGCAUCUUGCGGAUAUCACAGAAAAAGGUGUCACAUUUCAGUCACCUGUAGAUGGAAAGCCGAUGCUUCUAACACCCGAGGACUCAAUUCAAAUACAAAAUAGAAUUGGAGCAGAUAUCAUAAUGGCUCUCGACGAUGUUAUAAAGACCACCGUUACUGGUCCAAGAGUUGAGGAAGCUAUGUACCGAACACUUAGAUGGAUAGACAGAUGUAUAGCAGCUCACAAGAGGCCUCAUGAUCAGAACUUGUUUGGUAUUGUGCAAGGUGGUUUAGAUCCUAUGUUGAGGGAUGUAUGUGUUAAAGGUCUGGUGGAGCGGAAUUUGCCUGGCUAUGCUAUUGGUGGUCUUUCAGGCGGCGAAGAUAAAAAUUCAUUUUGGCGAGUUGUUGCUCAGUGCACUGCUGCUUUGCCAGAGGAUAAACCGCGAUAUGUUAUGGGAGUUGGCUAUCCACUUGACAUUGUUGUUUGUAGUGCUUUGGGGGCUGACAUGUAUGACUGUGUUUAUCCUACUCGCACAGCACGCUUUGGCACUGCUCUAGUUCCUGAGGGAGUGUUAAAACUAAAAAACAGAGACAUGGCUGAUGACACCCGUCCAAUUGAUCCCACUUGCCUUUGUAUGGUUUGCAAGAACUACACCAGGGCUUACAUCCAUUGUCUUGUGACAAAAGAUGCCAUGGGGUCUCAACUUCUUUCAUAUCAUAAUUUAUAUUAUAUGAUGCAGCUUAGUAGGAAUCUCCACUCUUCAAUAGUUGAAGAAAGGUUCCCAAAGUUUGUAUGCGACUUUCUGCACCAAAUGUUCCCAAAAGGUGAUGUUCCUGAAUGGGUCUGCAAUGCUAUGGAAGUGGCUGGAAUUGACAUUUCUUCUUGCUGUGCUCCACUUUCAUCAUGCCAAGAAUAUGAUUCCAAAAAUGUGUCAGAAGAAUUCAUUCAUUGUGGUAGAACUGAUUCAAACAUAGGCGGUCAUGAUAGGUGCAGUGGUGAGAUGUAGAAAUUAGUUUAGACUGACGAUUUCUUGUAGCAUAAAUUUUGUAUCCUGCUUAUGCUACUUAAGUAAAAAUUAGUGAAGGUUAUUAAAAGUCUUGAAUCAUUCAUCAUACGCUUCUCAAGAGUAAUUUAUAGUUCAUUUUAGUUCUUA